CUUUAGAAAUAACUUUCUAUUUCAAUUUUACUCAGUUGUAUAUAUAAUAUUUAGCAGAAUCUUUCUCUAAAAUGCCCUGUGGUGUUUGGAGGGACACAGUGGGGCUGAUGUGGGCUGAAGGGCAGGGUGCAUCUGUGUGUUGUCAGUUAGCCAAAUCCAAGCAUGAAAUACGUUAGCACUAGCAGUUUCAAAUUGCGGAAAUGUGGAGGUAUUUAAAGGUAGUCUGUUCUUCUUGUUGCUAAAAAUGAUGGACUGAUCCUCGAAUGCACUGAAAAGCUAUUGAUUGAUGAGAGCGUAUCAACCAACCAGUUGACCUGGACACUAUAGUCGACCAAAUGUUUAGAUUUUCUGAUCAAAGUUUGCACGAAAUCAACUUGUUUCUGCUCAAGGAAAGGCACUUGAAUAAGUUUACGGGUAAAAACUCGUCACUGCAAGAAGAUUUUUCAGCUAAAGUUUGUCUUCAUGAAGAUUUCUGGCUGUUUAAAUUCCUCCCAGUAGUUCAUCCAUGUCUGCUAACAGACAACAGUCACGAUGCACUGCUCUGCUCAAGUUUUUUAGUUUUGUUUUUGUCAGUUAAAUGUGUUUUGAACAAAGAACGAUGCUGCUGAUUUUCUUGGGAGUUUCCAAAUAGUGAAGCAGCUCGAGAUCUCCUGCUGUGUUGCUGCAGAUAUCUCUCAUGUGGAUUUCUGGUGCCCUGCAGUUUUGGCAACAGCUUUCAGAGAAAAAAAACAACAAAAAAACAAGCUAAACGCGACCCCGUGUCAGUGCUGAUGGGGAUUCUCUGUUCAGGAAGACUCUCCCUUGCUGAAUGUAGGACGUGAGUUCACGCGGGAAAGCGAGCCACUCUGCAGUAAUGCCCUUUAGCAAGGCAUCGAAAUCCCGGAAAAACUCUGCAUUGUGCAUUUGAAAGCACGACACGCUGCUAAAUGCCUGUAAUGAACAAUCGCACCAAUAGGAAGAAAGUUGGACGGAUGAAACAUGCCGAGACACUGUGACCGCAGCGCUAAUGACUCACAAGUCUGUCAUCUCUGCUGUGAAUGUUCAUUCCUCGUGUGCUGUACGCGGUCACGUACAUCCGCUACACAAACAUGCGUGUUUCUGACAUCCUUCAUGUUUCACAUCCAGGCUCCUCCACACACCGACCGAAAUCACACACUUAUUUUAUUUUAUUUUUUAUAAUCUCAGCAAAAUCCUCUCAGCUGUUACAUCCAUCCCUCUACUCCCCCAACACACACACACACACACACACUCACACACUCACCAGCUCCACCAUAGACUUUGGAAUUCAGUGUUGCCAUGGCAAUGGAAUAGACCACGCUCUCUCGCAUCGCCUGUUCUUUUCUAUUGCUUUAUAUCUCUCUCUCUGUGGAGGCAAACCAGCUUCUUGUGUUUGACAGGGAGGGGCUUGUAAUUUUUUUUUUUUUUUUUUUGUUGCUGUCGGCAUCAGGUUUUUGGAUGUUUGCAUGUUUGUUUGUUUGUUUUUGUUUCUCUUGUGGUAUAUUACCAUGUAGAAAACAUGUUUGCAGAGGAGAUGCUUCCAUACAGGAGCAUCCUCUGGUUUCAUGUCACGUUCGUUAAUCGAAUCCCUCGCCCACCCCCCCACCACCACCACCAUCUCAUCUUCUCAUCUCGCUCCCCUCAUCUUCUUCUCCCCGUCCUUUCCCUUCUGUCCCUCUCUUUUCUUUCUCUCUCUCAUCUCCUCUCACCCUUCCUUCCCCACACCUCUUCUUCUUUCCUGCCUUUCCUCAGUAGCUAAGAUGACUGCCACGACAAUUCAAUGAGAAGAGAGGACGCCAAGUGAAGAAGUAUCUGCCCCCCUCUACUUGCUGGAAAGGAGCGAAGGAGGUGUGUUCAAGAUAAAAAAAAAAAACAACAAAAAAACAAAAGAGAGCAGUUGGUGGAAAGGAGGGCGAGUGCAGGAGGAGAAGGAAGAAGGGUUAAGAAAAAAGAGGAAGUGGCAGAGUGGCGAGGGAGAAGGGGGAAUUAGGGAGAAGGGGGAUAAACGGUGGAUGGAGGCGGGUCGGACCGGGGAGCGCUCUUCACUGACGAAGAAGAAGAAGAAGAUCAGCAGCAGCAGCAGCAGCAGCAGCAGCAGCAGCAGCAGCAGCAGCAGCAGCAGGGGGGAGAGGAGAUGGAGGCGAAAGGCAGAAACAUGCCCCCAGAUGUUAGUUUCCUUCCCCGCCCAGCCAUGGUGUGGUGGGAACGAGGCAUCCAGGUGCUGUUGACCACCAUGGGAGCGUUCGCAGCCUUCGCCCUGAUGACGGUGGCCAUCGGUACGGACUACUGGCUGUACGCCCGGGCCUUCAUCUGCAACAGCACGGCUAACUCCUCCCAGGACGACUCCAGCUCCAAUAAGGACAAGAAGGACCCGGGGGCUCUCACCCACUCCGGCCUCUGGAGGAUCUGCUGCCUCGAAGGCCUGAAGAGAGGUGUGUGUUCCCAGAUCAAUCAUUUCCCCGACGACGCAGACUACGACCAAGAUGCUGCAGAGUAUCUGCUGCGCGUGGUGAGAGCCUCCAGCAUCUUCCCCAUCCUCAGUGCCAUACUGCUUCUGCUGGGUGGAGUUUGUGUCGCCUCCAGCAGCUUCUACAAGAGCAAAAGGAACAUUAUACUCGGUGGAGGGAUUCUCUUUGUGGCUGCAGGCCUCAGCAACAUCAUCGGGGUGAUCGUGUACAUCUCAGCAGCACUCAGCGACAUCUCCCCCAAGAAGGACGAGGACAAGAAGUGGCACUACUCGUACGGCUGGUCGUUCUACUUUGGCGGCCUGUCCUUCAUCCUGGCUGAGAUGGUCGGCGUCCUGGCUGUCAACAUCUACAUCGAGAAGAACAAGGAGCUACGCUGCCGCUCUCGCACCGACCUCUUCAAGAGCACCACGCACGCCAUGCUGCGCCUCCCCAGCUACCGCUUCAGACGGCGCUCUCGCUCCAGCUCACGCUCCACCGACCCGCCACGUUCGCAGGAGACCUCGCCCAUCGGAGCUUCCAAGACCUUCAGCCUGCCGCCGUCUGCCCCGCCGUUCUCCGUGGCCACCCUGCCCAACCCGCACCACACCAGCAGCGGUGGAAGCGGAGGAGGCGGCGACAUCUCCUUGUACACCUUGUCGAGGGACUCCAAGCUAGGCAGCCUUGGAGGAGGCGCCCCACCGCUCUAUGGCACGGUGGACCGCGCCACGCUCUACCAGCUCCACAACUACUUCCCAAAAGAUUCCAGCGGCAGCGGCGGCAGUGGAGGAGGAGGAGGAGGAGGAGGAGGAGGAGGAGGAGGAGGAGGAGCGGUGAUAAGCAGCGGUACGCUCCCAUCUCACUCCAAAUCCAACCUGGCAGCGGCGGCAGCUGUAGCCCAGAAUGCGGCGCCACUGAAUACCUCCACAUCAGCCACUGCUCCGGCCCAGCCAGCCCCGAUAUCUACAGCCACCAUGGAGCGGGACAGGGGCAACGUGGGAACCCUGGACCGACUGACGGCCAAAAGGGACCGGGAUAGCAACUCAGAUACACUUAACAGGAAAACUACGCCAGUUUAAAACUAAACCUCAGAGAGGAGGGGGAGAGGGGAAAGAGAAAGCAAAAAAAAAAAAAACAUGGAGAGUUUAGAAACUUAGAGAGGAAGAGUAGGACUGAAAAUGUGUGGGUGACAUUACAACGAUAAGAUUUCUAUCCUUGAGCCUGAGGUAUCUAGCUGCCAUAAAUCCAACCAACAUCAUAAACAGUCAUAAAACGCCUAACGCCAUGUGCAAGUUCAUGACAACUGCAUUAAAAUCGAAGAACCCUUGUUUGUUAAUGGUACAGCAAUGGUGCAAUCGAGGAUUUAGUUGUUUGUUUUAAUUUCUGAAUGACUUUUUCACGUGUUAGAGAAAGUCAUUUCCUCCCAGUGCAGCAGUUUCAUGCCUUGCUGAGGAGACAAUUAUAUUUUCCCCAUCUCUACUUUGUCUUAACAAAACAGAAAGAUCUAAUUUGGUGUUUCUUAGAUCCAGAUGGAAUAUGUAGUCAACUGUAAAUUUCUACACAUCUAGGAAUCUGUUUUCAACCUAAUUUUGAAGGCACCUUUAGCCAGUGCUAGCCACCUAAUCCUUGCUCUGUCGUAUUGUAAACUGUACAACACUUUGAGACAUCACAAAUAAUAAAACUAAAAAGUGGCCAGAUGGCAUAAGCCACAACUCUUUGUUCCUUUUAAAACAAGACUGGAACAGAGUGCCUCAGAUGGGAACAUUCUGCCAAGUAACAAGCUGCUCAGUGACGAGUUGACUGCUAAUUCAAGGUCAACAGUAGCUACUUCACCUCUGGUCCCAGGAGAGUAACCUCAGACAUAUCUAGCCUAUCGACACACACCAGAGGAGGCUGCCACACUGGGAGCCUAUUUAUUUUUCAUUGUGUGUCAAAGGUAAUUACCGUGACAGAUGGGCAUUCUCCUCAGUCCUACAGAAAGAAGCAGUGUUUAAGCUUCACCCUCAGUGUCUCCAUUCCACCACAGUUGUCACAGUUUGGUUAAAUACUACAGCAUGAUGGCCAUCUGAACAAGUAACUUCAUCUGACAUCUAGAGUCUUUGUUCAAACAUGUGAAACAUUUGCUUGUUCUGCUUUGACAGAAACAUUCAGUAUUUUAAUAUGCUGUCAAGAUUAAGCAUUGAGUAGACUUACCAAUCCGAGAGCCAGACAGAAACUUUAUUAUUGGAAAAUCCUUUGUUUAUACAGGGUGCAACCAAAAAGUUCCAAGAGUGACCCUAGCAAAAACCUUACCUAAUUUCAUUUUGGAAGUCAUCUCCUUUGAAAUAGUUAUGUUGUGCAGCACUGCACUGCUCCGAGUGCUCCUGCAACACUUGGAGUGCUCUUAGAAAGUCCUAUUCUGUAAUUGUGUCAAGCACUAUCUGCAAACUGUGCUGGAGCAAAGACGUGUAAUGAGACUGUGUAACACUCAAAAACGACAUCUGAUUUAAUUUUGGCCAGUAUCCCUAUUAAAUGAGUGGCUUUGUGCAGCGAUGCAGGGAUUUUGUGCUCUGUAAACAUGUCAGACACCAAUUGGGAUGUCCUGACUCAAAAAGGUGACCCUUCUACUUAAAUUUCAUGAAUUUUUGUGAAAGAGGAAGAAGUUGCAAGGAGCCGGGUAUGGCAAGUAGAACAGGUGGAGAGCAACUGUGUUGAUAGAGCCAAGUCCAAGACAGCAUGAGUGGGUGUCUUAAUGCCACGAUGGAGCACCCAAGUGCCAUCCAAGACAGUUCAAUUCGCCAAAUGAUCUCUCUCUUUUACCUUAGGAUGUCACUGUAGAACUCCAACUACCUGGUGCACAACCAUGUGAAUGUUGAAGAAAACAUUCUGGCCUGAUGUACCUUCUUUGGUCUUGGAGACUGUGGUUCUUCCAUCGAAGACUUCUGUUUGGUGUCUGGAUCAGAGGUGCAGACGAAACUCUUACCACCUGUGAUGAUCGUUGACAUGAAGGUUGAGUCAUUUUGGGCUUGCUAAUGGAGAUCCUUGUAAAAUACAACAUGGUGCAUGGUGAAAUUAUAAAUGCUCACCUGCAAGUAGUCACAAAAAACCUUGGAACUAAGGUACCCAUGUUGUUUGAAUGACAAGACUUACUGUCUGUUGCAUGAUUGUGCUAGGCUCCAUUAGUCUGCAUCAGGAACUUUAGAAUUGAACCUUGUAUUCAGUGACAGCCUUUUUUUUUUAUAUCCAGUAAAGGUGGCAAUCAUGUUAAACUAUAGCUAAAUUAUGGGUAGGGCUAAGCCACUACAGUCCUUGGUUAAAAUGAAAGCAUAGUAAUGGCCACUGUUCCUAAAAAUGACAAAUAUUCAACUUCCUUGUGAAUUCUGGUCAUUUGUGUCAUCAGCAAACAGAAAUACUCUUAGAUACAACUCCAACGUCGAUGAAAAGCGCUUGUAAAGAUGGACUCUUAUGCACUGUGUGUGGCAUUUGAUUGCCUAAAGCUGAAUUCAGGGUUCAUAUGACUGUUUAUGAUCAUGAUUUGGUACCGAAGGCUCCAGGGUAGCAUCUGUUGAGUGUUCCUGCAAAGGGCUGCAAAAAGAAAAACCAAACCAACAGGGUGGGGGUUCGAUUCAGUUUACACUCAGGGGGUGGAAUUUUAGUUAGAAUCAAAAGCUGAAAAUUCAAACCACGUGCUGCUCCAAUACGGGCAAUCAUCAUUUUAUUAAACAAAGUACAUCACUUACUCUUUAGGAAUAACACAAAGCACAUUCUUAUUUAAAAAGUAACAAAUUAACUUGCUAGAAUUUCAAACCAACCAAUCAGAUUUUGAGUGAAGCACAUGUCUGAGGGCGUUUUUUGAAAUGUCGCCUGAGAUAUUUCAAAUGAGAGAAAACAGUUCUGUGACAUAUGUACUGCCUAAUAUUUUGGACUGAAGCCCUCGACGCGCUCUAAAUCUGAUUACUGGACUAAUAUAUCAAACUCUGGAUGCACUUCUGAAUCAGCUGUGUUUGAAAAAGAAUUUCAACCCAACCCUGGGUGAUGAGGGAAAGAGAAAAGAGCACAAUCGCCAGCUCCUGCUCCUCUUCCCUCUGUCUCUCUAUUAGCUAUAACUAUAUACUAUUUCUCAAACUAGAAUAAUAAAUGUAUUAAGUAUAUUAUCGACCCAUUCACUUCAACAAAAGCACAUAAUGUCUGUAAAUGGUGAUCUUUGGGUUGUCUUUUCAUUCUGAGUGAUUGACUAUCAUCUCUAGGUUACAUGAGAUUGUAACUCCUUGAGUAUUAAUAUGUUGCUGGUGUUUCUAUGAUCGUAAUGGUUAUUGCAGGGUAUUUAUACAAGUCUUUUUUUUUCUUUUUUGUAAUCUUUUUAUAUUCCUUUCGAUGACUUUUUCUUUUCUCUUGCUUAUGUACACUAAAGUCAGUGGUGUCACGUGGAAAGCAAGUGCACAGAGUGAGAGGGUGAUCACGUGUAAAUUCAUUUUUAUAUCAUUCUUAUUUUAUCGGCAUUGUUUUGUACAGGGAGAGUUGACUGAGCAUGCAUGCUCUAUUUCAGCAACGUCCUCACACACAGGUUGGAAGCUGGAACUGGGAGCCACCAGUACAAACCUUGGCAACGGACUGGUUUAUGAGUGGCUCCACUGGAACGGUUGGGGGUUAUGUGCCUUGCUCAAGGGCAAAAAGAAAGUCAGAGUGUUUAUCUUAUGAUUUUUUCCCUCCAUCUUGGUUGUUCUAGUCAUUGUAAAGAUACAAAUGGGCAACUAAUGUGUACUUCUGUGCUCCUUUUGGUGUCCUACUUUCUUUUUUACAAAUAUUUUUCUCAUUUUUUAUGCUCUAUAUAUCUAUUCAGAAUUGCUCUUUAAUUUCGUACUUUCUAUAGUCUAGCCUAUAUUUUUGUUCUUUCCUCUCUCUUUUUUUGUUUCUCUCCCAUCUUCAUUUUGACUUCAUUUCCUUGUAGAAAAUGCAUUGAUCUUUUCCUUUCUUAACAUUGCCAACGUAGCCUAAUAAUCAGUGUUUUUUAAUGUUCUGAGUAGUGUAUAACUGUAGGCGAUAGAAUUUAUAUUAAUCUAUUUAUUUUGGUGGUGGUAUGUAUAGAUAUUCUUAAUGUUCUAUUGUUUCAGAGUUCUUACACCUGUACCUUUGGGCUGAAAAAGGCUUCAUGCCUGCCUGUGACACACGGUCAGUAGCCUAAGUGCUGGAAAAGUGAGCUAAAUGUGGUCUGUGUUGGUGCUGUCAGUGUUUUUUUUACUCAGUAAACAUAAAGUGCAACAAGAUGCAUCUGCCUCAUGCUUUAGAAAAUGUGUGCAGCACUAAAUGAACACUGACACGUGUCCUAAACGUUCAGCUUUUGUGAGAUCAUGGUCAAAAGCAGACGUUCUGUUCUUUCGUUUUCAACUCAUGUCCCAAUGUGAAAGCCAUUUAAAAGCCAGCAUGAGUCACCAGGUUCUUUUCCCAACACUUGGGUAACUGACACAAGUCAAACCGGAAACUUUUCAAAUGGAAAACUCAGCAGACUGAUACACGUAAGGGACAAUAAGGCAAAGGGGAAGCAAUACAAUACAAUAUACUGAUCCUCACUGGAAAAGACAAAAAGUUGAAGGUAUAUAUACAUAUAUAAAAAUAUAGAUAUAUUCAAUAAAGUUCUCUAUGAAAA